GUUUAAUUUCAGAUUAGUCGAGAAUUGACGCUGCUCUUGUUCGCAAUGAAAUCAGAGUGUUUUGUGAUUCUCCUGUUGAUUUUUCUUCUUGAAGAACAUCAUUUUGUCUGUGCAAACUCAAUCAAAGAUGCACCGCAAGAGCCAACCAAUCAGAAUGCUGAAAUCGAGUGCAUCAAUUAUUGUUUUUUAAUUUUUAAGCCUGUUCUCGACAAUUUCGUACAUCUUAAAACUGCAGCCGAUGCCAACAAUGAAACGAGAGAGACUAUAAAGGACUUGCAGAGUCAGUUAAAAAAUAGAGAAUCUGAAAUCAAAAUAAAAGAAGAGGCUAUGAAAGUGAAAGAUGAACAAAUCGCGGACCUGCGGAAUCACAUUAAAUCGCUUGAGACAACACUAUCAGAAAGAUCUAAUCAGCUUUUGGAGUGCCGUGAAACUGAGGCCAAUUUCCCCGACUCAUGUCCCAGUGGCAGUCCCAAUGGGAUUUACCAAAUCAAACCUCGGGGAAUGGAGCCAUUUAAAGUGCCAUGUGUGUCCUCUCCAUCUGGUUGGUCGGUAAUCCUGAGACGUUUCGACGGAUCCGAGAACUUCGUUAGAAACUGGACUGAUUAUAAAAAUGGAUUUGGAAAUGUUCGGGGAGAAUUUUUCAUAGGGCUGGAGAAAUUACAUCGGAUGACAAACGAACGACCCCACGAGCUCUACAUAAAGCUUGGCAAGGUUGAUGGAUCCAAGAGCUACGCUCAAUAUGAUGAUUUUCGAAUUGGCAACGAAGAGGAAUCGUAUGAGCUGAAGAGUGUGGGAAAAUACUCUGGUGAAGCCGGAGACUCUUUGGAAGGUCACGUUAACAAAAAGUUUUCCACAUUUGAUCGGGAUAAUGACUUGUCUACUGAAAAUUGCGCCUUGAACCGUGGUGGUUGGUGGUACCUAAGUUGUUAUUUCAGUAAACUCACUGGAAAGUACUAUGACAGUGGUCAUAAUAGCUCGAGACAUGGAAUUAGUUGGGGUUCUUGGCAUGACUCCAACUAUACGAUCUCGCUUACCUUCGCUGAAAUGAUGAUUAGGCCUAAAUCCUUAUGAACAGCAUAAACAUAGAAUAAAGAACAAAAUAAUCGAAGAAAUAAUUAUUUUAUCAUAAAUUUAG